AUAUAAUAUAUAUAUAUUUUUUAUUAUUGAAAAGAUAUGAUGAUGAAUAAUAUUGAAGAAAAUGAGAUAAUAAACAAUAAUAUUGGAGAUUCAUCAUCACGACGUUUGAAACUGAAUGAACUCAUUGGGUCAACAAGGUCAGAAGAUGAUGAGAAGUCAUCACCAAAAAUACAAAGAGUUGUUCCAAUUCUAAUCUCAGAUGAAAAGCAUAAGGUGUUCUACCAACCAAAGUGGAUCUCAAUUGGUCCAAUUCAUCAUGCCAAACAAAAUCUCAAGCUUUCUCAAGAGUACAAACUUGGAUUUGCAGCGACAUUCAUUAAGAAUAGUGGUCACCAUUCGUACGAACAACUUUACAAUACAAUAGAUGAGAGUGUCAAAGAAAAAGAUUUGAAGAAGUGUUUCGACGAAGAAGUGAUCGAGUCCUAUAAUGACGACGAUCUUGCAUGGAUGUUGUUCUUGGAUGGAUGUUUCAUACUCCAAUUCAUUUACAGCUUUUAUGGCGAUGGUGAUGAUGACCAAUUCGAAAAAUCUUGCCUUAAAAAAGACCAAAUUGCUUUUGUGUCGAACGAUCUUUUCUUGCUUGAAAAUCAAAUUCCCUUUAGAGUGCUUAAUUUAUUGAUAAGUCAUUCCAUUGUUCGAUUUCGCAUUAAACUUAAAAAAAGUAUGUGGACAUUUAUUCAUGCAAGCGUUAUGACACCCGAAAAGAAGAUAACAAGUGCACCAGAUUUACAUGAUCGUGUUAAUCAUCUUCUUGAUUUUCUUCGAUUGGAACUCAUACACGACGAAUCCUCUAAACAACGUGAUGAAACGAACAUUUUCUUGAAAAGUAUUUCUUCUUUUUUUAGAGGAUUAUGCAAAUUCAAAACUCGGAAUGUGGUGGAAAAGAACAACAUUCCAAUUAGGGAUGACAAGAGCAUUCAUGACAAAGUAAAAGAGCCACAAAAUAAGAAUCAAGAAGAAGAUGAAAAUAAUAAAUUAUCACAACAAUUUUUUCGCAGCGCGACCGAUCUUAAGGCAUCUGGAAUAUCUAUAAAACCGAGCAAGAGUACUUCUUUAAAAAGCAUAAGUUUCUCUCCACUUUUCUGUACUGCUGAGUUAGAGCUUCCUGCAUUGAUCGUUGACGACUCAACAAUCCCUAAAUUCGUUAACAUAAUUGCCUACGAAAUGUGUCCAGACAAUUUCAACACGGAUUACGAAGUAACAUCUUACAUCAGUAUGCUAGAUACACUCAUUGAUUAUGCGACCGAUGUAAAAGAGUUAAGGUCAGCUAAAGUACUUACCAACUAUUUGGGCUCGGACAAAGAAUUGGCUAGGCGUUUCAAUGAAAUCGCGAGAUAUCUUGUACCAAACUCUCAACUAUACCAAGAUGUCGUUAACCAAAUCGAAGAUCAUUAUAGGAGCAACUUCAAGAUUUGGAUUGCUCAAUUUUUGAAUGAACAUUUCUCUAGUCCUUGGACUUUAGCAGCUUUUCUUGGUGCUGUUUUUGUGAUCAUUUUAACCCUUCUUCAGACUUGGUACACCAUUUACUCUCCACCAGGUCCUUGUGAUGAUUUCUGUCAUCAAAAGAAUUAGUCACUAUUAAUUAUACAAGUCUGUUGAAGCCAUUCUCAACAUCUUCCACAACAGUCGAUAUAGCCUACAUCCUCAACCAAUAAUAACUUAUUAAUUACUUCAAUGGCAUUUUUUUUAUUAUUUUUUUAUUUAUUUAUUUUCCAUGAGAUUAUACUUCAUUAAUCUGAUCAAUUGGCACAGUGAAAUACCUGUUAUUGUUGAUCAGUUCAUGUAUUGGUGUUGUUAUUUUUGUAAGGACAAAAAAUAAAAGUGUUUAAUAAUGUAAUAUAAUUUUAUUUUUAA